AUGAGACCAUCAUCAGAUGAUACAACUACCGAAGAUGAUACAGAUACCAUAAUUGAUGCAACUAGUGAAGAUGAUAAAAUACCCAAAAAUGAUGCAACUAGUAUAGUCAAUACAAAUAUCGAAGAUGAUAUAGCUACCAUAAUCGAUGGGACUAGUGAAGAUAGCACAAUACUUGAAAAUGAUAUAGUUACCAUAGUGGAGGCAACUAGUGAAGAUGGUACAAAUACCAAAGAUGAUAAAAAUACUGAAGAUGGUACAAACACCCACACCCACACUGAACAUGGCACAAAUACCGAUGAUGGUACAAAUACCGAAGACGGUACAAAUGCCGAAGAUGAUACAAACACCCAUACCCAUACUGAAGAUGGCACAAAUACCGUUGACGGUACUAAUGUCGAAGAUGGUACAAACACCAAAGAUGGUACAAAUACCGAAGAUAGUACAAAUACCGAAGAUGGUACAAAUGCCAAAGAUGGCACAAAUACCGAUGACGGUACAAAUGUUGAAGAUGGUACAAAUACCGAAGAUAGUACAAAUACCGAAGAUAGUACAAAUACCGAAGAUGGUACAAAUGCCGAAGUUGGUACAAAAACCGAAGAUGGUACAAAUACCGAUGACGGUACAAAUGUUGAAGAUGGUACAAACACCGAAGAUGGUACAAAUACCGAAGAUGGUACAAAUGCCGAAGAUGGUACAAAUACCGAAGAUGGUACAAAUACCGAUGGCGGUACAAUUGCCGAAGAUGGUACAAACACCGAAGAUGGUACAAAUACCGAAGAUGAUACAAAUACCGAAGAUGAUAUGGCUGCCAUAGCCGAUGCAAUUAGUAAAGAUGGUACAACACUUGAUGAUGAUACAAUUACCGAAGAUUACACAACUACUGAGGCCAGUACUACUACCAAGAGUAGUACAAUUAACAAGGACACUGGAAUUACUGAGAUAACUAUCAAUGAGUCGGAUGGUACUACUCAUCCAAGUUUCUCUCCAUAUCUUUUUUUUGUGUCUUUGCUAAUUUUUUUAAUGUCGAAAUAG